UUUACAUACAAAAUCUUAUUGUUUUAAGUUAGACUUUGUAGGAAUUUUUAAAGUUUUAAGAGUUUUUAAGUUUAAAACUUAAGUAGAAUAAAUUAGUAAAAAUAUUUUAAAAUAAAAAUGAAUGCAAAAAAAAAGUAAGAAAAGAUAGAUAUGACAUAUAUCAAUGCUGCAGCUCUUUAGGAUCAUUAUUUAAGAAGUGUGAAUAUAAAUUUGAAACCUACUCAAGGCGUUAACAAUAAUAGGAUCAUCAAAAACCUUAAAAAGAGCUAAAAUAAUAGAGUGCUAUAAAAUAGUGCUUAGCAAAUUUUAUAAUGGGGAAGAUAACAUCUUGAAGAAUAAGCUCAACAAUAAGAGCAAAUACAAACAAAUUAAAUAAAUAGCACUUAUAAUUCACAAGGAUUUCAAAAUAAUAAUAUUCAUACUCUAUCUAGUAUUAAUAGUUAAAGGAUAUAAAGCGAAAAUCAAAUAGGCAAUAGUCAUAGAAAUAAUAUUGAGAACAUAAAUUUAAGACAAAAUUCUAUGUAAGAGGGAAUAAGUUCUAACAAUUUAAACUCUUAAAGCAGUGAACAACGUAAAAAUAGCUCCCAAGGAUAAAGGAAUAACAAAUAUAUAAGAAUAGGUCACUAAAAAAUUCAAUUAAACCCAAUUGAUUUAGGAAAGAAAGAAAAAAAAUAAUUUUUACCUCCUCUUCCUCAUGAAAUAGACUAGAUAAGAAUAAAAGAGGAAGAAAAAAAUGAUAAAGUUAAAAUGAAUAGCUAUUUAAAUAAACUAACUUUAGCUCAAAGGCUGGGAAUAGUUCCUGCUCCACCUAAACCCCUUACUCGAGAAGAUUGGAUUACAAUUGAAGAAUAGUCAAAGAAAAGAGAUGAAGGAUAGUGUCCUAUUUGCUUGGAAGAUUUUAAAGAUUAAGGUUAGAUAAUUCUAAGUUGUUCUCAUGUUUUUCAUAAAUAAUGCCUUGAAAGCUUUGAAAAGCAUAAUAAAGUUAAAACUUGCCCUAUAUGUCGUAAGCAGCACUAUGAUAAAAAACACUGGGAUGAUGGAUAUAAAAAAUAUAUAAUAAGAUGUGCGAUUUUAAUUUAGAAGAGGUGGAGAGGAGGAAAAGCUAGAUAUGAAUUCUUUACUGAUUUACUUAAUAAAAAGUAUAAAGCAACGUCAGCUAGAUUAAGGAGAAAAAUAUUAGGCUAUAAAUUAGGGAAAUUCAACUCUAAAAUAACAACAGCAAUAGAAUAAAAUAGUAAAAAUACUUAAAAGGUUGUAAAGUAAUUCGAUGAAAAUAUAAAGAAGAAAAUUGAGGAAAUGUAUUCCUAGAUGUAUGAAAUCUAACAGCUAAAAACAAAGAAUGAGAAGAACUUAAAUGAAUUCUUAGGAAAUGAAGCACAAAUAGCUUUAUAAAAUCAUCCAGAUUAUGAAAAGGUGAUGGAUGCUGAAUUGAAUGGGUAAAGAAGACUUAAAUAAAAAAUAAUAAGUGAAUCUGAAUGGAAUGAAAUUAAAAACAAAGCUAUUAAUAGAUGCGAUAAAGAUUGCGCAAUUUGUUUUAAUAAUUUAUAUCUAAACGAUCAUCUUUAAGAAGAAAAUACUCAUGUUCAUAGCGAAGAUAAGUAAUGCUGCUCUUAACCAAAUAAUUAGAAGCAAAAGAAAGGGUUGUAUAUACUAUCUUGCACUCAUAUUUUUCAUGCUAACUGCUUAACCGCUUUCGAGAGGUACAAUCUACAAGAAAACUAAGUUUGCCCAAUUUGCAGAUCUUAGUAUUAGAAGCAGCAUUUCAUAUUUAAAAAAUGAUCAAAUCAAAAAUUAAUCAUAAAUAAAAUAAAAUCACCAAAUUUAUAUUAUAAUAAAACUUUUUAAAAAUAUUCUUAUUAUAUUUGUAGAAAAACUUCUUUAACUUCUCUUUGUAUAAAUCAGUGAAUAAACAAAUAAAUAAAUAAUUCUGUAAAUUUAAAUCUCUUGAUAUUAAAAUUUUAAAUAAGAGUCACUUCUCCACAAACUAAGCUGGCUAUUUGCAUAUAAAAAAAUUAAUAAUUAGAGUUUAAACAUUUAAAACAACUAUUUUCU